AUGGUUCUGUCAAAUGCCGCGGACAGAAAGACGUUGCCCUUGGAGUUCCACCCUGGAACGUUGGAAGAUACACCUGCCUCUGGCCCAACAUGUCUCCCAGGGCAAAAGCCAUGUCUCGCAAUCUUCUCCAGCCUCUUCAUCUCAUUCGCAUUCUGGCAAGACCAUCCACCAUCCCUGGCAGCGUUGACGACUAUUCAAGGCUCGCACCAUGGUUCGUAUUCCGCCAUGACCGCCGUGUGGCCGUUUGAUGCCGUAGGGCUUUACGGAGUAAAGAGCAAAGCACCCGCUAGCACUUGGGCGCCGCGCCGCGAUUGCUACGCUGGAUGGAGAUGGGGAUCCGUCACACCACUUUGA